AUGCAAUCCUCCAUAAAAAAUAAUCCCAUCUCAGGGAAUACUGUUUGUUAAAUUCAGAAUAGAGGUAUAAGAACUUUCACUGCACAUGAUCAUAUUAAAAGUUCAUGUAUUGUUAAGAGUACUCCUUUGAAUAAAACUCCUAACAGACACAAAAUCCCAGAUCAUACAAAUGAGCAUUUCUAUCAUUAAGACAAUUCAUUUUCUCAAAGAAAUUUAAGAAAGAGUUUAAGUACAUUUAAACCAAAGGAAAAUAUGAAGGAUCCAUUAAGUAGAAAGAUUUCAGAAAUAUAUGGAUAAGAAAUAAAAGUUAGUCGUUCACCAAUAAAAUAAUAAUAACAAUAAGAGACAAUAUCUCCUUAGAAAAGAAGAAUAAUGGAUAAUAGGAGUUCAUAUGUUGAUUAAAAUGACAUUUAUGAAGUUAAUCUCAAUUAUAAUAAAGAAAAAUCACUACCAUCAGAUGUUAAUUGGUUUUAUGUUGAUACAAUUAAACAUAGAUAUGAUUAUAAAAUAGAGUAACCAAAUCCUAAUCGUACUUCUUAGAAAGAUUAAAGAAGUGUUUUAGAUGUAUAUAAUAAUAACAUACCAAAAAAUAAUUAUUAUUAAAAAUAGAAUGAAAAGCUCUCUAAAAAAUAAGAAGUUGCACUCUAAUAUACAUAUUUAAGAGCAGUUAAAAGAUCAGAAUUGGUUAUGAAAAAAAAAUGA